AUGUCGGACAGCAAGUUGAAGAAACCGACAUAUCGUCCGUAUACCAUCGAAGAGUAUAGGAGCUUAUCGGUGCCGAGACCUGAUCGAUCUUUGGGUCCUGAUAAAGACGAGAUGCAGGCAAAGAGAGAAUGGCUGAUGCGCCGGAGAUCGUAUGGGGACUCGGUUAGCGCGCGCAAUCGUGAGCAGAUAUUGCAGCGUACGAGAAGAUUCAAGUCGAGACGCGCCAUCGCUCAAAAAUGUUUCUUGCCUCCUUUGAAGGAUUGGGACGCCGCAGCAUCAAAGAACUGUGAAAGCUCGAGGAUCCUUGAGACGAAUAACGUUACACAGGAGAGUCUCUUGAAAUGUCCUGUCAUGUGCCCGAGGAAAAGAAUCGCCACAGACGUAACAUUGCCGUUCCGACAGAAUGAAAUGUUCGAGAAAACGAUAAGCUUCGAUUCGUCUCUUAAUUUAUACGCAUCUUGCGAAGACCUAGAGACAUUGCAACAGUGUCAUUUGCAAGAAAAAGAAUUAACAGAUCAUUUUAUGCGUCAAACGUUAAACGCUUGA